AUGCUUUGGAGUUCUUUCAUUGCUUUUGCGCUCUUCGCGCCCAGCCAUGCGCUGAUUCGGUUUGGAUGCUCCCAGCUCGUCGUCGACCGUCUCGAUCCUCUAGUCAACCCUGGCCUGGCCCCAUCCCCACAUCUACACCAGAUCAUUGGUGGGAACUCCUUCAAUACCUCUAUGCUACCAGAGAACCACGACCCCCCGACGCUGUCCACGUGCACGACCUGCCAGCCCUCAGAUGAUUUCUCCAACUACUGGACAGCUGCUUUGUACUUUCGUGCUAAGAAUGGAACGUUCAAGCGGGUUCCCCAGAAGGGCAAUUCUGGCUUCGAGGGCUCGAACGGCGGCAUGACUGUGUACUAUAUGCAGAACCAGCUUGCAGACUAUGCUCAGAAGGCGAAGGUCACAGCCUUCAAGCCAGGUUUCCGUAUGCUGAUCGGUAACCCAAUGGCUAAUACUAAGGCCGAUGCCAACAAGUAUCCCCAGCUUACCUACACUUGCUUGCAGGAUAUGGGCACACGUUAUCCCGAGACUAAGAACUUCCCAACUAAGCCCUGCCCUGCCGGUAUCAUGACCAAUGUCCGCUUCCCAACAUGCUGGGAUGGCAAAAACCUAGACAGUCCCGACCACAUUUCCCAUAUGAGCUACCCUGCCAGCGGUAAUUUUGAAUCCCAAGGCCCAUGCCCAUCAACCCAUCCCGUUCGCAUGCCUCAACUUAUGUAUGAGGUCAUCUUCGAGACCAAAGCCUUCAACAAUAAAGAAGACUGGCCAACGGAUGGCAGCCAGCCCUUUGUCUGGUCCUUCGGUGACGGCACUGGCUACGGUAGCCACGGCGACUACGUUUUCGGCUGGAAGGACGACUCCCUCCAGAAAAUCAUGGAUGAGGCAUGCUACGUCAACUGCAAGUCCAUGAAGACGCAGACUAUGGCCGCGAUGAAUGCCUGCGCAGUGAAGAAUCGCGUUAAUGAGGAUAUUGGUGACCGCGACUGGAUUCCGGAAAUCCCGGGCGCACCUGCGCUCCACCUGAAGGCCGCCGAUGGCACUGUCUGAAUACCUUGCGUCCAAUUCUCGUCAUAGUGAGUUAUCACUGAAGGAUUUAGAAUGUAUUAAAGCG